AUGGCUCACAACCACGAGGAUACCGCUGCUGAGCUCCACGAGGAGUUCCAGGAGCGCGUCCACCCUAGCGAGAUUCACGAUCUUGCUGGAGGCUUCAUUGCGGCCGAUGAGAAGAAGGACUUUGACAUCUCACCAGAGGGUGCUGAGGCCGGCGCCACCCCUGAUGGCGAGGAGCCCAACGACUACGAGAGGCGGACUCUGCGCCGUGUUGGCGAGAACCUGCCCGCCUCGGCCUUUCUCAUCGCCAUUGUCGAGCUGAUGGAGCGUUUCACCUACUAUGGCGCCUCGGGUCUCUUCCAGAACUACAUCAGCAACGGCAAGCACGACACCAGCGACUCUCCCGGCCUGGGUAUGGGUGGCCAGGCCGCCACUGGUCUGAACCUGUUCUUCCAAUGGUUCUGCUAUGUUACCCCUAUCCUCGGUGCCAUCAUCUCUGAUCAGUACCUGGGCAAGUACAAGACCAUCAUGCUCUUCUGCGUCGUCUACUGGAUCGGUCUCGUCAUUCUUUGGACCACAUCACUGCCCGUUGCCAUUGCGCACGGAGCCGGUCUGCCCGGCUACAUUGUUUCCAUCAUCGUCAUCGGUGCCGGUACCGGUGGCAUCAAGUCCAACAUUGCUCCCCUGAUUGCCGACCAGUACCAGCGCCGAACCAUGGCGAUCCGAACGGAGGCGGACGGCGAGCGAAUCAUCAUCGACCCGGCCAUCACCUACCAGCGCAUCUACAUGAUCUUCUACUGGUGCAUCAACCUGGGUUCCCUGUCUCUGAUUGCCACCCCCUUCAUGGAGAAGUACUGCGGCUUCUGGACCGCCUUCCUCAUGUGCUUCUGCAUGUUCAACUUUAGCAUCGCCAUCCUCGUCAUCCGCCGCAAGUCGUACAUCAUCCACCCGCCGCAGGGCUCCAUCAUCACGGAUGCCUUCAAGGCCCUGGGCCUGAUGAUUGUCUCGCGCAACAUGGACGCCGCCAAGCCGUCGUGGCGCGCCGCCAACGGCAAGAGCAAGCCGGUUGCUUGGAACGACCACUUUGUGGAGGAGCUCAAGCGUGCCAUCCGUGCCUGCAAGGUCUUUGUCUUUUACCCCAUCUUCUGGGUUGGCUAUGGUCAAUUCUCCACCAACUUCGUCACCCAGGCCGGCCAGAUGAACGGCCACGGCAUGCCCAACGACUUCAUGCAGAACUUUGACCCCAUCUCGAUUCUCAUCUUCACUCCCCUGCUCGACAUCUUCGUCUACCCCGCCCUCCGCAAGAUGGGCAUCAACAUCCGCCCGAUUGCCCGAAUCACGCUUGGAUUCAUCUGGAUCUCUCUCUGCCUCGGCUACGCCGCCAUUGUCCAGCACCUCAUCUACAGCGCUGGCCCCUGCUACGACAGCCCCAACAACUGCGACGCCGCCAACGUCGACGGCAAGGUCAUUCCGAACAACGUCCACAUUGCCGUCCAGGCACCUGCCUACGUCUUCGUCGGCCUGGCUGAAAUCUUCAUUUCCGUCACCGGUCUCGAGUACGCCUACACCAAGGCUCCCCCGACCAUGAAGUCUUUCGUCCAGAGUCUGUACCUCUUCACCAACGCCUUCGGCUCCGCCAUCUCCGAGGCUCUGGUUUCCGUGUCCAAGGACCCCGAGUUCAUCUGGAUGUACACUGGUGUUGCCGGAGCCAGCUUCGUCACCGCCUUUGUCUUUUACUUCUUGUUCAACCACUACGACAAGAUCGAGGACGAGUCAUUCGAGCUGGACCGCGAGGCUCCCGUCGUGCCUCCGACCAAGGAGGUUGAGUACGAGGGAGCCAACAACUGA